AUGUUCAGAUCAACGAUCGCCAAGCUUCGUUGCAUGCGCUGUUCUAAGGAGGCCGAGCUCACUCCGACUGACGACCUCGAAGACGCGGGCAUGGUGAAGAUCGGACGCAACUUAUAUUACUGCUUCACUUGUGCCAACGUGACGGGACACCCGAAGGCACCAGGGGCUGCAAAGCUGUCGAAGCACACUGGAUGA